AUGGUGUGCGCAGGGAACAAGAAGCGUAAACGAAUAUACCUCAGAAUUUCUGAGGUAUCAGAAAGUGACAAUCAACAGGCAACCCAUUAUUUGAGUGGUUUGAGACCCGCUAUCAGAGACAAGAUUGGCGUCCAGAUGAUUCUAAGUGUGCAGGAAGCAAGGAACUUAGCUUUGAAGGCUGAGUUAAUGUUCCAAGAAAGGACCCGAGCUGAUAACUAUCGACGGUACAGUGGGAGCGACAACAGGCCGGCAGUAGUCGACAAGAGCAAACUAGCCCCAGGAGUACAACCCUCCCACCCGCCGAAUGUAGCUAAUACCAGUAAGGCCGCCACGGGAGGAAACACUCGAGGUAAUACUAUAAACCCUCCUAAAGCCGUUAAUCCCUAUGCAAAACCUGCUCCUUUUAAAUUCUUCAAGUGCAAUGAAGUUGGGCAUAGGUCUAGUGACUGUCUUAGAAGAAAGGCAGUUAACAUGGUAGAGAGAGAGGAGGACGAAAAGGGUGACGAUGAAGUAUAUUGUGGACCCGAUGGAGAAGACGAAGAAGGUACCUAUGAUCAUGAAGGGGAUGUGGUACAGAAACUGCAACUACUUCCUGAGAAGCACCCAAACCCGUACAUAAUUGAGUGGAUCAAGGAAGUCGGGGGCGUACGUGUGGAGGAACGCUGCAAGGUUCCAUUUUCUAUUGGUAAGUACACUGAUGAGGUAUAUCGUUAUAUUGUGGACAUGGAUGCUUGCCAUGUUUUGCUUGGUAGGCCUUGGCAGUUCGAUGCAGAUGCCAAACACCUGGGCAGGAAGAAUACAUACCAGCUCGAGAAAGAGGGUGUACGCUAUACCUUAUUACCCAUGGUAGAAAAGAACCAACACAAGGCUCCAAAGGCAGAAGAGAGAAAUUUCCUUACCAUAACACAUCCCCAUUCUGAGUUUGUAAAAGAAUGUAACGAUACCCGCAAGGUCCACUUGCUGGUGGUAAAGGGAGAGAGCCUGAAUGAGUCACUGGAGGGGAACAAAAUCCCAAUGGAAGUACAAGGUCUACUCGAUGAGUUCCAUGAUGUGGUUCCUGAUGAGUUACCUAAUGAGCUCCCACCCAUGCGAGAUAUCGAACAUCAUAUUGACUUUGUCCCUGGUGCUAGCCUACCUAAUCUACCACACUACAGGAUGAGUCCUAAAGAGAAUGAGAUCUUACGGGAGAAGGUAGAAGAAUUAUUGAGAAAGAGGCAUAUCCAAGUCAGCAUGAGUCCUUGUGCAGUACCAGCAUUAUUAACACCCAAGAAAGAUGGGAGUUGGAGGAUGUGUGUCGACAGCAGAGCAAUUAACAAGAUCACUAUUGGCUACAAGUUUCCCAUUCCCAGGCUGGACAACAUGCUGGAUCAACUUGAUGGGGCUGUGGUCUUUUCCAAAAUUGAUCUCAGGAGCGGUUACCAUCAGAUCAGGAUCCGUCCCGGAGACGAAUGGAAAACAACUUUCAAGACUAGAGAUGGAUUGUUCGAAUGCAAAUCUAUCACUGAGCACCUAGGACAUAUCAGGGAGGUAUUGAGUGCAUUAAGGGAGAACAAAUUAUAUGCUAAUUUAAGGAAGUGCACUUUUAUGAGCGAUAAUUUGUUAUUCUUGGGGUUCAUUAUAAGUAAAGACGGCAUUAAAGUGAACGAGGAAAAAGUGAGAGCCAUUAGAGAGUGGCCGACCCCAAUAAACGUCACGGACGUAAGACGUUUCCAUGGUGGAAUUGGCAUAGGGGUUGUGUUGUCACAAGAAAAGAGACUAGUUGCCUUAUUUAGUGAAAAGCUAUGCGAAGCCAGGAAGAAGUGGUCCACUUAUGAUAAAGAAUUUUCCAUGGACUUCGUGUUAGGCUUGCCAAAGACUCCAAGAAAUAUGGACUCUGUCUUUGUAGUGGUUGAUCGGUUCUCCAAGAUGGCUCACUUCCUCCCAUGCAAGAAGACCGCAGAUGCAACAACGACAACUAAGCUAUUUUUCAGGGAGAUUGUCCGUUUACAUGGGGUACCUAAGACCAUCACGUCGGACUGA